AUGGUCUCAACAACUGCCUUCUCCUCCCCCUUCCACCAUCCACACUCACCACCACCAACGCCCAAGAAGAUGUCCAUCACCCAGACAUACUACCUGGCCCACAAGGCCCGGGCAAAGCUCUCGCGAGAGGCUGCCCAGCCUGACCACAACCUCAGACUCUUGGUUGGCCACGCCAACCUGCUCGACUCCCUCAUGCUCGACCUUGCCGAUGCCGAGCGGGAACAGGAGAGCUGGUUCAACCAAUCCGUCCGCGGAGCAUCACCAAAGACCGAGGACAGACACGUACAAUGGGCCGACUCCACCCCAGAGCAGGCCGAGGAUGACUGGGACUCCUCGGACUCGGACAGCGACAUUUCGGACGACGACGACAUCGAGAUGGCCGACGUCGUUCCACUGAGAAGAGUGCCCUCCAACACCGUCGUGCCGCCCUCGCCACAGCUGCAAGCCAUGGACGAGGACGACUUCGAGGAGGAGGACGAGGAGGAGGACUUCGCAGCUCUGACGCUCACCCGAUCACCAUCACACUCGGCAUCACCACCUGAGCUUGACGACGACUUCGACUCUUCAGAAGACGAGUCAAUGCCACCUUCGCCGCCCUUCGCAGUUCUACCCACAUUCUCCGACAAGCGAAGAGAAACUACAGUCACAACUUCAGAAUACUACGACGACUCAAGACAAGAGGCCGAGGAUCACAAGGCCGACUUCUACGACCAAGGGUUCUACCUCCCACCGAGGAAUCCAGCACGACUGGUCUCGGCCAUAUCGGUCUACUAG